AUGGCUUCAAAUUCUAUAGGAGAGGCAUUUCAACGCCUACCGCGGCCUCAAGUGCCUACUGCAGUGGCGCUCAUGGAACGAUCCUUGAAAAAGGCAAAACAGCCAGCUGCUAGUGUUUUACAUAACCCGUGGGAGACUUUAUCGCAUUUGGGGGAUCUAACACAGGGAAAACAAAAGCUAUCGUUAUGCCUUCAAGGAGGACACCUGGUGAUUAUCAAAGAACUUAAUCCUGAUACUGGCAAGACGGAAUUAGAGAAAGUAAAAACGAUAUCUGAUCAUCCACACGUAGCAACUAUCAAGCGGGUCUUUGAAUCAAGGACAUCCCUGCUGUUUCAAUAUGACUACACCCGCUUUACUCUUGAAGAGGUUCUAAAUGUUCACACCUUUCUCAAAGAGCCCCACAUACAAGUGAUAGCAAGCGCAGUAUUUCUUGCCAUACAGCAUAUCGCGAAGGCCGGUAUCGUCCACAAUUCUGUCUCAAUCAGCACGAUACGUCUCUGCGGAAGGAGUGGAAAGCCACAACUAUCAGAUUUCGAGAACUGUGCCUGGGUAAGCACUGAGCUUACGCCAAAUGCGGAUCUUGAGCAACUUGGCAUAACAAUUCUUGAGUGUAUGAAUGGACUCCCGAACGAGAACCUGCGAGAUCCUUCUAUGAUCCGCCGAAAAAGAGACACGAACAAGAUGUUUGGUCUUAGCAAAGGAGAGGAAUGGAGUGGCUACAAACUUCUUGUGGACUUUCUAGAUAGCAUGUUUAACGAAGGGGUACCCGCACUCGCUAAGCUUGAGAAGCCUCAUCGGUACAUUGUACGAAAUCCCGAUUUUAGUAGCCUGAUCCCGUUCCUUGAACUUGUGCCGCUGGAAUGCUUAUCACUUUGGCGCCCAAGUGUGGCGAAGUCGUAG